CAAUUUCAACCGAUUUAUAAGUUAAAAAUGGAAACUGAAAUUUUAUACAGUGAGGGAGCCAAGUGUGUCUAACAAAGUCGUGGGUGUGAUACAGCAGAGUCCUCCUUCCCGCUUCCUUCCCAACAACACACACCACAGCCAUGCCUAGGGGAAGAGGAAGAUGCAAGGGUGGCAAACGCCACUUCACCAACUUUGAGGCGAUGGAGGAACAGAAGAAGAAGGAAGAGAAGGAGCGCCAGUGGAGGAAAGAGCAAGGGGAAACUGAUAGUGAGGAAGAUGAAGAGAAGUCUGGCAGUGAUUCUUCAGAAGAAAGUACUGAGGAGGAGGAGGAGGAGGUGAAGGAACAAAAGGCAAAGGGUGUUGGUGGCUUGAUAGAAUGUGAGAACCCAAAUCGUGUGGUUAGUAAACCGAAGAAGGUGUCAACCCUCACUAGUACUAGUGACACUGCUGCUGCCUCAAAGCCACAGUUAUCUCGACGAGAACGGGAAGAGAUACAGAAACAAAGAGCAACUGCCCACUAUCGAAAGAUGCAUUCGGAAGGCAAGACAGAGGAGGCUCGAGCUGAUCUGGCUCGCUUGGCAAUCAUCCGUCAGCAGCGAGAGGAAGCAGCAAAGAAGCGUGAGGAGGAAAAGCAAGCCCGAGAAGCUGCAGCAUCAGCCAAGAAAGAACAAUUGGCCAAGGCCCUCAACAAGAAGAAGAGCUGAUCACACAUGUCCCAUAGAUACGAAUGAAAUGUGUGAACAUGGCAGCUGCAAUAUUCAGAGCAGUUGGUUUUAGAUCGAAGGCCAGGAGAGAACUUGUCAGAGUUGUCUGUUACAUCAACACUAAUAAAUAAAGCAAAUUGUUCAGUUGUUCAGCAGUUGUUUAUGAUGAUAAUGGAAAGAUAUUUCAUAAUUGGCUUGUAAAUUAAAGGAAAUGUAUCAGAACUGCUCUGACAAACUCUGCCUAGAACCAACAGGCUUUACAAACUUAAAACAAUUAUCAAAAUAUUGCAAUAUAAAAUACAUCACUACAUCACUUUGAAGUUUAUAAAAAAAAAUCUAUUCUUCCUGAAUGCAUAAAUCAUAUUUUUAAAUUAAUUUUGUUCUUUCAGCUUUUCUAUUAUAAUUCUUUUUUUCCUUUGAAAUGCGACGACAAAUGGCAGGUUUGAGAUUAGUUUUUUAAUGACUCACGUGGCUGAAGUACAAGUUUAUUUAUAGUAAGGACCAUUACUGUAUUCAUUUAAUGUUUUAUAUCUACAGAUGGCAUGAAAUUAUCUGUAUCUUUACUAUUACUGUGCUUCAUUCAUUUGUUAUUUUCUUACCAAAAGACAAGAGCUUAUCUGCUAAUAUUUUCACCCUGCACUUCUGUACUAUUUAAGAGUUGCAUCACUGCUAGAUAAAACCAAUUUUAGGUCUUCAUUUGAUGGAAAUGGGAUUGCCGUGGAUCAGAAAUGUUCUUAAUUCCUAAACUUUAUCAUAAUUCUACAUUUUGUGAUAUUUUUUGUUCCCAGUUUGUAAAGUUUUGUUAUCACUUGAGUGAGAGUGUGAAAUCAUCUGUUGCAUAUAGCCAUCUCUCCUCAUGUUAUCAGGACAAAGCUGUGAAUCAUUGAUGUUACUCUCAAUUAUAUUACAUUCAGUUCACAACACUGACAAACGCUUCAAAUUUUACUGUCAAUAGUGUUUGUAAUAUUUAUAUGUGCUUUUAUUUUUUAUUUUUAUUUUUUUUUCUGUCCCAAUAAAAUAUCUUGUACCAAA